CCUUCAUUCGCUUUUGCGUUUGAUAGGCUGACAAACGGGUUGUCGUCACACUCUCCUACUGCCUCACAUACGGAACUCUAGAAUCAGGUUGCCAUAGAGUGAUAAAGUGUAAUAGAAAUCUGAAAGUCCGCGCUAUGGGCUCCAGGGCUUCUACUUUGCUGAGGGACGAGGAGAUUGAGGAGAUUAAGAAAGAAACUGGCUUUUCUCACAGCCAGAUUACUCGCCUGUAUAGCCGCUUCACAAGCCUUGACAAAGGAGAAAAUGGCACGUUAAGUCGUGAAGACUUCCAAAGGAUACCAGAGCUAGCAAUCAAUCCUCUCGGAGACCGCAUAAUCAAUGCAUUUUUUAUUGAUGGUGAAGAUCAGGUGAACUUCCGUGGUUUCAUGAGAACAUUAGCGCAUUUUCGACCUAUAGAAGACAAUGAGAAGUCGAAAGAUACGAGUAACCUAGAACCACUGAACAGUCGAAACAACAAGCUACGGUUUGCUUUCUGCCUAUAUGAUUUGGACAAAGAUGACAAGAUCUCUAGGGAUGAACUUCUGCAGGUCUUGCGUAUGAUGGUUGGCGUUAACAUAUCUGAUGACCAGUUAGGAAGCAUUGCUGAUCGUACAAUUCAGGAGGCGGACCAGGAUGGGGAUUCUGCUAUAUCUUUUUUGGAGUUUGUUAAGGUUCUGGAAAAGGUUGAUGUGGAGCAGAAAAUGAGCAUCCGAUUCCUGCAUUGAGACUAUCAGAAGUAGACUUUCUAACUAAAAUGGUUCCUCUUCUUUGCGGAAAACACUUGGUUAAUAGAAACACAAAACAAAUCCUGAAUAUGAAAAUGUAAUAGUUGCAAUACUUUAACUAUGCUUCUUUGCAGGAGACAAACCAAUUUUUCCAUGUUGCCUGUUUUAUUACAUAAUACCUACCAUAAAUUUGGUGCAGUUAUACCAUGUUACUUUGUGCUUUUAAAUAUAAUACAAUCAAUUUGGUAGUGUGGCGACAUGAUAAAGCCAUGAUGUGUAAUUUUUGUAAAUUUGUUCAAUAAAAAAAAAAGACUUUAUAAA